CAAAGCUCGCAAUCAAGCCGUUCCCUCCCCUGAACUACAUUUCCCACAAUUCCCGCGCGGCAGGAAGCUCUGUCCGUUUGAAUCUGCUGAAGAGGGAAAUGAAAGAAAGCUGAUCUGGAAGAGCGUUGGGACGGAUUGUUAUACAUAGGCAGACAGCUGAGGGUCUAGCGAUGACCCUGCAUCUGUCUGGGCAAACAUCUUUCUGGGAGAACUUUUGCAUAUGGUGAUUAUUGACACAAACUGUGAACAUUUGAAGAAGUCCUUGACAGAAAGGACUCCUCUCUCGUCUUUCAAUCAGCUAUCUGUGUUUCAGGCUGGACUCUCACAAAAUGUCACUUUUGGAUACAUCCACCCUAUCCUCCAUGAGUGGAGCUAAGGAACGGAUGAAAGACAAAAGAAAUGGUGCUUUAAAAAUUGCAAAAGUCAAUGCAUCUCUUGCAUCAAAGAUCAAAACAAAAACAAUAAAUAACUCUUCCAUUUUUAAGGUGACCUUAAAACAGAACAACAAAGCCCUAGCCUUGGCCCUAACUGCUUCAAAGGAAGCUGCUCAAAGGCUUGUUAAUGAAAAGAUGCAGCUGCAGAAAGAAGUGGAAGUGUGUCACUUUGAAAAUGCUUGCCUGCGCCAGAAGAUCAUUUUUUUGACCAAAUGUAUAGAAGAACUGCAGCAGUGUAAGCAAGCUGCUAUCAAGGUGCUGAGCAGACCUGAGAUUGAUUUCUGUUCUUUUUUACUCAAUGAUGCAGAGGACCACGGCUCUGUUAAUGAUAUUGCGGGCAACCUGGAGGAUGACCACUGCUCUCCUGUAGCUGCGCCCAAAUUUUUGAGAAUUUCACUCUCUCGUGUAAAUGAUGAAGAGAGUGAAAAUGGGAGAUGCAUAGAAGUGGGGAAAUUCAAAGAUAUACACAUGCCUCUCUCAGGUAUACCAGUGCCUAGUUUGAUUGAGUCGCAGAAAAGCAAGCUCAAUCCUGAUGUGGAGAAGCCCUCUUCUUAUCUUGGACUGGAAGCCAAUGAAAACAGUGGCCAAAGAUUAAAUGAGGUGGAUGGCACUUCAACACCUAGCUUGACUGAAUGUUUUGGAGACGACCUUUCCGGUUCAGCACAAAGUUCCCGGACCUGCUCACUGUCUGCUGUCAGUAACAGUUCUCCCACAAGCAAGAUUACAAGACCAUGCAGUGACAGUGUGGUAGCAUCGCAUAGGCACGUUACAAAGAGAAAAAGAUGCACCACAGGUCUGUCUAGUACUGUAUUUGGCAGUGAAUCUGAGAUGGAACCAUUGAAAGAUGUGCUGCAUUAUGGUCCUCAGGGAGCAAAGGAAACAGAAGUCACUGCAGAAAGUCUUGAAAUUAGUCGAAUUGGUGAACUUGUGUCCCUGAAAAGCAAAAAUAAAAGCUCUGAAAAGAUAAAAGCCAAAGAAGCCAAAGCUCUAAACAAAGUGAGCAUAGAGACAAAGGACAAAGACUCCUCUGUUGAAAAAUCAAAAGUCGCCUUUGAUAAUUUUCACAAUAGUGAUGCUGCAGUUGUAUCUAGAAGCAACAGGUUGAGCAGUAGUAGCAAGACUAAAAAAACUAGUCUUGGAGAGUCAAUUCGACUAGAUUCCCAUGGGGAACCAAUACCACUGGCCAACUUCAGCCAGAAGGAGGACUGUCAUUUGAAAAACACUGAUAAAACUACAGGUUGUAAGACAUCUGUGGGGGAUCGGACCCAUUUAAAAUGUGCACAAGCUUUCUCUGAAAAAAUGAAAAAUUUAGAAAGUAAGUUUCAGAAUUCAGAGACGAUUCCAAGCAACAAAGCACAACAAAAUGAGAAGAGCAAUGGCUGUGAGGUGAGCCAUCCUUCCCAGUGCUGUACUAAAACCAGAGAUUGCAUAAAGACCUAUAUGGUAGUUCCUGAUUUACAUAAUAAGAACAAUUGUGCCCCCUCUGCACGUAAAAUUAAAGAACAUACACAUUUGGAAAAUGAGAAGGAGUUAGACAACUUGUUUCCAAGUCUAGAGUCUAGCUCACUCAGUCAAAAGACGCAGCUUCAUGGUUCAGAUACAGAACAUUGGACUGAUUUUCAAACGGAGAUUGCUAGUCAAGAAGAAGUAGCUCUAGGUCUGAAUGUCAAGCGUCUGAAACCAAAGAGAAAGACACAAGAGAUUGAAAGAAUACACAUGUUCAGUGAAACAGAGUCACAAAGUUUAGAUGUUGACAUGCAGUUUCAUACUCGGAAAAAAGAAAGUAAAUCCCAGAAAGGCCACAAAAACACAGAGAUCAAGUGUAAUUCACAAGAAGAGCAUUUCAAAACCAAGGUUUAUGAGUUUAGCCUCACUGAAAAACCUCCAAAAGUGAGUAAGAGGAGAACUAAGGAUGUGAGAUCCAGUUCUAAACCCAGGAAUCAAACAGAUAUGCCCAUGGUUCUUUCCCUUGGGACCACACUAUCUGCAUCUCCAGUUUCUUUGGAGAAUGAAAAUGUGCCUCUUGUCAAUGACUCUAGGAGCCCCACUAAGACUAUCCAGAAAGUCCAGGAAUCUGCCAUUGUUCAGAGCAAUUCUUCUAUAAUCAGAACAAAUAGCAGUUCUUUACAGAAGACAUGCUUGGGCACCAAUAAUCAUUUGGUUGAUGUAACGAAAAAGGUGGACCCCACACCAAAAUUAAGCAAAAGAACAACAUACACAGUAAGUGAUGUGGCAAAGUUGAGAUCUGCUCCUGACUCGUUCUUUCCAAGUCCAGAGAAAUGUAGAGACAGUCAAGCAGAUCAGGUCCCAAGUUCCAGAACACAGCGGGUUUCUCUUGUGAUGACUGUAACUGAGGCUUCACCUGCCUUUAAUUCCUUGACCAAAGACCCAAACCUUCCUGAUUCUUCUUCAGAGGAUACAUCCAAGGCCAUGCUCCUUUAUCUCUGUAGCUCUAGUUCUUCUGCUAAAGACCAAGCGGGCCAAGGAAAAUACUCCGCUUUGCCAGUCUUAAAGAAAAGAAAUAUUAAGCAAGUGCCUUCUGGCAGGCCUGAGAAAGAGAGAACCCAAACCAUUCCUGAGGCACCUUUACAAAACACUGUUCUACAAGAAAAUGAAGCAGUACUUAAAGAUUCGACCAAUGUUGACUCAGGUUCCUUUUCUGCCCCUUCGGACGCCUUUUCGUGCCGGCCAAAAAGGCAGAGAAAAAAUGAAGUUUCCUAUGCCGAGCCCAAGAUCAACAGCAAACUUAGACGCGGUGAUCCAUAUACAGUUACAGACUUCCUCAGCUCCCCUAUAUAUAAAGAGAAAAGCAAAAAAUCUGCUAAGAAAUCUAAAAAAUCUACAAAAGUUAAGAUUAAGCUGGAAGAAACUCAGCUGAGUUCAGAGGUUGAGUGAAUCAAUAGGUGCUUAAAUUUGAUGCUGUUUGUAUACCUAGGGAUUAUUUGUACAUUGUUUAUUUGUAGAGGUGAUUUUUUUUAAAUAAAUACUUUUGAAAAAUA